CACUUGUUUGACUUAACAUUUCAAUAUAUAUCGCCAAAAUCAAGAACAGAAAAAGAGAGAUACUCACACACGUUAUAGAGAGUGUUCAAGUUCGAUCAAAUUUUUUGCUCUCCCAUCCCAUUUACCCAGAGAGAUUUAAUCAUCCCUAUUUGAGGUGUAAUGAGAUGAACGUUUUUGUGCAACUCGCGGUGGUUUUAUGGGCUCUGGCGAGCCUCGAAGAGGCAACAGCGAACGGGGUUCAAUCCCUUUCAAAAAUUGCUAUCGAGAAGGCUGUUAUUUCUUUAGAUAAGAAUGCUUAUGUUAAAGCUUCUCCAUCAGUUCUUGGAGUCAAUGGAAACAACCAAGAUUGGAUUACUGUGGAAUAUAAGAGCUCAAAUCCGUCGGUUGAAGACUGGAUUGGUGUAUUUUCUCCGGCCAACUUCAGUUCUUCUACCUGCCCCCCAGAAAACUCGAGAGUUGGGCCGCCAUAUUUGUGCACAGCACCCAUUAAGUAUCAGUUUGCAAAUUUCAGCAAUCCCAAUUACAAGGAUACAGGCAAAGGCUCUUUGAAGCUUCAGUUGAUUAACCAAAGAUCGAAUUUUUCAUUUGGUUUAUUUUCUGGUGGUGUGUCAAAUCCAAAGCUGCUGGCUGUGUCAAAUGUAAUCGCCUUUGUUAAUCCUAAUGCGCCUCUAUAUCCGCGUUUGGCGCAAGGGAAGGAAUGGAACGAAAUGACCAUCACCUGGACUAGCGGUUAUGCUAUUGAGGGAGCACAGCCUUUCGUUCAAUGGGGCCCAAAGAACGGUCCACGGUUCCGUGCCUUGGCAGUUACGUUGACAUUUGAUCGUAGCAGCAUGUGUGGUGCACCCGCGAGAACAGUUGGCUGGCGCGACCCUGGAUUCAUACAUACUGCUUUUCUUAAGGACUUAUGGCCCAACUCAAUGUACACCUAUAGAUUGGGGCAUUUUAUGCUUGAUGGUACAAAUACAAUUACUUGGAGUGAUGUUUACGAGUUUAAAGCUUCUCCAUAUCCGGGUCAGAACUCUGUGCAACGAGUCAUCAUUUUUGGCGAUAUGGGAAAGGAUGAAGCUGAUGGAUCCAACGAGUACAACAAUUUCCAACGCGGUUCCCUCAACACGACCAGGCAGCUCGUGGAUGAUCUGGAGAAUUAUGACAUAGUCUUUCACAUAGGAGACAUCUGCUAUGCUAAUGGAUAUCUCUCUCAGUGGGAUCAGUUCACUGCUCAAGUCGAGCCUAUUGCUUCGAGGGUCCCCUACAUGAUAGCCAGUGGCAACCAUGAGCGCGACUGGCCUGGAUCAGGUUCGUUUUAUGAGAACAAUGAUUCGGGUGGAGAAUGUGGGGUGGCGGCUGAGACUAUGUUCUUCGUUCCAGCUGAAAAUCGAGCGAAAUUCUGGUAUUCAACGGACUAUGGCAUGUUCCGAUUCUGCAUAGCUGACUCUGAACAUGACUGGAGAGAGGGAACCGAGCAAUACAAGUUCAUUGAGCACUGCCUGGCGUCUGCAGACAGACAGAAGCAACCUUGGCUGAUAUUCCUUGCCCACCGCGUUCUAGGCUACUCGUCUGAUGCUAGCUAUGCUAUCGAAGGAUCAUUUGGAGAACCAAUGGGGAGAGAUGACCUUCAAAAACUGUGGCAGAAGUACAAAGUCGAUAUAGCUGUCUACGGCCAUGUCCAUAAUUACGAAAGGACUUGCCCUAUAUAUCAGAACAUCUGCACAAGCAAGGAGAAGAAUUACUACAAGGGGGGUUUGAAUGGCACAAUACACGUAGCUGCUGGCGGUGGAGGCGCCAGCCUCUCGCCAUUCUCACCUCUGCAACCUAACUGGAGUUUGUUCAGAGACCUUGACUACGGGUUUGUGAAGUUGACUGCGUUCGACCACUCCAACCUGCUGUUCGAGUACAAGAGAAGCAGAGAUGGGGAGGUUUACGACUCCUUCAAGAUAUCCCGGGACUACAGGGACAUCUUGGCCUGCACCAUCGAUAGCUGCCCGAGCACGACCCUCGCCUCGUGAUGGUCUUCUCACUCUCCAGCUUUAUCAUGCUUUUCUUUGUCCUCCAACUUCAGGGCUGUAUGUAUACAUGCAUUUGUAAUCUCAGAACGUUGAAGGAAGGGUGUAUUAUGUGCUAUUUGCACUACAUUUACUGAGGCUGGUUCAUUGCAAUUUUUUACAA